AUGAUCCGAGUUUCAACCGGAUUAAAAAAAUCAUCGCUCCUCUCCCGCGUUGUCAGCGAUUUUCUGGAAUACUGGAGCCGUUUUGUGGGCAGUCGGCAUGAGCGUCAACGGUCUCUCCGCCUUCUUUCGAUGGGCCUUGGUGGAUGUCUAUUAGUGCUCGGUCUACUGUCUCUGGCCACAUUCCGCGGGAAUCCGGUUGACGAUAGGAACGCUCCACUGGAUGUCGAUCGUCGUUCCAUCCGAAGUGGCGUACAGCCCAGACCGUUGGCACCGGAUGAGUGGAAUCGCUCCGAUGCCCUCGAUGAGAUGGUGGAAAUUUCGCCAGCUGCAGAUGCAUUGCCGCGAAGCGGUUCUCUGUUCUGCUACGUGUUGACAUCGGCUAGGCAUCAUGCUAGGGUGCCAGCGGUGAACGAGACCUGGCUGCCCCGUUGUGACCAUGGUCAAUUCUAUACAAACGCUCCGAUCGAAAUCGAUGGACAAUUGGCGGACACGAUACCCUUUUCUACGGUAUUUGCCGGCCUUGAGGACAAAUACGAGAAUCUGUUCUUCAAGACGAUCUACGCCCUCCACUACUCUUAUACACAUAUUUCACGCGAUUUCGAUUGGUAUUUUAAGGCUGACGACGACACGUACGUCGUGGUGGAGAAUCUUCGAGAAUACCUCUCUCAUCUUGAUCCAAACGAACCACAUUUUGCUGGAUUCCGGAUGAAGCCGAGUCUGGAAAACGGCUACAAUUCGGGUGGUGCUGGGUAUGUAUUAUCGAGGGAAGCGAUGCGACAAUUUGACGGUCUUUUGUAUCGGAAUACAACCACAUGUCCCGAUGAUAUUUAUGAGGAUUUAGGCCUGGCGAGAUGCCUUGCCAACAUUGGCAUAUUCCCACAGGAUACCCGGAAUUCACGAGGGCAGCAGCGAUUCAACGGUUACCACUACAACGAUAUUUUUGGCGGUUGGAUCACGAAUAAUUGGAUCUUUGAUCCCCAGAUUGCGAGUCUCAAAGCAAUCGGCCAAGAUUUGAUCUCUCUACACCAUAUUGCUCCAAAUGAAAUGCGGAUAUUUGACCGCCUAAUCUAUAUCGUCCAACCGGCGGCCCAAUUCCGAGAAUAUGGCCGGAAGAGUUCGGAGGAAACGGAACAACUACGACCCCGAUAUGUUUACGAAGAGACGAAUCGGCAGACAAAAGUACUUGUA